GUCUCGGCCACCCUCGUGCGAGAGAGGGGAACGACGACAGUCGUUGCAAUCCCCUCUGAUUCGGUGUGUACCUAUCCCUUCCUCCGUAUCUCUCGGUCGACUUAAUGCCAGUACGAGCGCGCGCUUUCGAACGACGCGUUCGCAGGCAGCAGCCGCGAGGGACGACGAUCAGUCUGUUCUCCACGUUCUCCACGCAAGGACGACUCGUCGCCGGUUAUACACAUUUAUUUAUCGAACUUUGACUUUAUACUUAUCGUUUCUUCCUUUUUUUUUUACCUAUUUUUCCUUUUUUUUACUCCUCCUUCCCUAUUCGAUUUCAUUUUCUUCCGCGAAAAGUGAUUGCGACAAACUAAGAUUAAUAACAAACUGAGGAGUAGGAGGAAGAGCAAGAGCUUGUGAUUUAACGCUAUUCUUACGUCACAUACCUCGUGUCAAUUUCUUUUCUUAGUUCUUUGAUAAGAGAUACUAAUUGUAAGUAUCUCGUUUAAACGACCACGCAAUAAUAUUCCCGCGAAAUUUCAAAUAGAGACACUCGCGAAAAGAGAAAAGAAGAUUCAUUUAGUACAAAACAAGUAUCGAUGUUUUAUCUUUCAAUGAUGUCUUCAAACAAUCGAGGAAAAUAAGUUUCCUGUAAACGCGUUUGCUGAUUUUCAUUUCGACCAAUUUUCCCGCCACUGCCAAAAGAGAAAGAGACGAAAUGAACCCGCUUGAUCCGUCAAUGUAAAUUGCAAUUAUUAAGAAAAGAGAAAGGAGGAAGCGUUAUUGCAAUAAAGAUCAAAGAAAGACGAAGAAAGACGAAGAAAGACGAAAGAAAGUGAAAAAGUGAAGAGAGAAGAAAACAACGGCAAAUGAAGUUAUUCGAACGGUAGUACGAUCGGUCUGUGAUGACCGAAUCGUCGAUCGAAUUCCUCCUUUUCGUCUCGUUAAUUCGAUCGAUCGACGCGAGAUGAGCUUCAAGAUGGAGAUCAUCCUGUCGAUACUAUGCUUAACGGCGGCAUGUCUCGUCGACGGUCGGGCCCUUAAUAAGGAUUCAUAUCAAUUUGAGGAAACGAAACAUCAUCGACAUCAUCGUCGUAAAAGAUUUACCAUAGAAGAGCUUACCAACACCAUAUUUCCUCAUGCGAUUACCGGCGACCUGGACAUCGAUGUCUGCAAGGCAGGUGGAUUUCUCGGUGACAUAGCACUGCCCAAUAUCAAAUACGAAACAGAAUGGCGACAACAAAAACUGAACAAGUCCUAUCUCGAGGAGUUGGAGAAAUACAGAGAGGAAGUUUUAAAAGAGGGUCUUCAAGUAGAAGAAGAAGGACUUACCGAGAUCCUACAGUUCAAAAACGAACACGACGCAAACAACGGCGGGGCCCAUCGAGAGGAACAAGAGAGCUUGCUCUCUCGCGGGAAAUCCGAGCCGAUUAUGGUGGACCGCAAUCAGUAUAGCAUGGGUGCUGAAUUUGAGGAUGAGUUUAGUUUCAACGUCAGAAACGAGGAUACUAAUCCUGAAAUAAAAGAGGAGGGUAUUGAGAUCAGAUUAGAAUCCACGACUCUCCCGACAAAAAAGAGACACUCGGCUCAUCGACAGAAUUAUUUGACAAUUAGCGAAAGUUCUAACAUUGGAGAAGGAAAGAUUAAGCAAACAACACCGAGACAACCGGAUGACGUAGACUUCUCGAUCGGUUCGACAACGGUAAAGUCUAGAAAUGGGCAAGAAGGUAACAGCGCUAUCGGAGGCUAUAUAUCUACGAUCAAACCAGAAACGACAACGCAGGAAAGAUCGAAACAACGUCAUCGUCGUCAUCAUCGUAGAAGAGGUUCUCGACGACGAAAUCACCACAGGAAGAUUGUCCCUUUGCCUCGGGACACGACAAACGAUGUCUCGGACGAGGUAGUCUCGCUUCACGACCGUCGACUACGGUCCAUCGAGUUUUACGACAUGGACCACAAACCAAAGUAUCUUGCAAACAACGAACGAGGUACCGAGUCCCUUCUUCUAGUCCAUGAUUUUCCAACGAGAAGUCGAAGAGCUGCGACUGCCAGGAAGGAACGUGUCUGGGAUCACGGUGUCAUACCUUACGAGAUAGAUGGAAACUUUUCCGGAGCGCACAAAGCACUUUUCAAGCAGGCCAUGAGACACUGGGAAAACUUUACUUGCGUCAAGUUCGUCGAGAGAGUCCAACGAGAACAUCCUAAUUAUAUUCUAUUCACCGAGAGACCCUGCGGAUGCUGUUCCUUUGUUGGCAAAAGAGGCAACGGACCUCAAGCAAUCAGUAUCGGAAAAAACUGCGACAAGUUUGGUAUAGUCGUUCACGAACUAGGCCACGUAGUUGGGUUCUGGCACGAGCACACCAGGCCAGAUCGAGAUCGACACGUACAAAUCAUUCGUGACAACAUCAUGAGCGGUCAGGAAUAUAACUUUAACAAAUUGACGGAAGAGGAAGUAAACUCGUUAGGUCUGCCAUACGAUUACGAUUCCAUCAUGCAUUACGCCAAGAACACGUUUUCUAAGGGCAUCUACUUGGAUACAAUUUUACCUAUAGAGAACAACGGAAAAAAACGACCGGAGAUCGGUCAAAGGAUAAGACUAAGCGAGGGUGAUAUCGCCCAAACUAAUCUUCUUUACAAAUGCCACAAAUGUGGCAGGACCUUCCAAGAGAACAGCGGUAGCUUUGGUUCACCAACUCACCCGAACAGUUCCCCGGGAAUCGAGGGAGAAAGAUGCGAGUGGAGGAUCACUGCUACGCACGGAGAAAGGAUCGUCCUGAAUAUUACCUCCUUGGAUGUCUUUAAGAGCGAUUAUUGCCGCACCGAUUAUCUUGAAAUUCGUGAUGGAUAUUGGUACAAAAGUCACGUACUAGGUCGUUUUUGCGGAAGCGGCAAGAUCCAUGAACCAGUGGUAUCUACGGGAAGUCGUAUGCUCGUAACUUACGUUACUUCCGAACGUCAAAGUGGGCACCGUGGUUUCACGGCCAGUUACGAAGCUGUUUGCGGCGGGGACGUCGAAUUGGAUGGUGUUGGUCAUUUAGAGUCACCGAAUUACCCCGAAGAAUAUCAAUCCAGCAAAGAAUGCGUUUGGAGACUUUCCGUGCCACAGGAUUAUCAGGUUGCUUUGAAAUUUCAAGCCUUUGAAAUUGAAAAUCACGACAAUUGCGUGUACGAUUACGUUGAAGUACGCGACGGUCACAAUGCUGAUUCCCCUUUGAUCGGAGUUUAUUGCGGCUAUAAGACACCGCCUGAUAUCAAAUCAACUGGAAAUAAAUUGCUCGUUAAAUUCGUUAGCGAUGCAUCCGUGCAGAAAGCUGGAUUUUCCGCAACUUUUAUGAAAGAAUUCGACGAGUGCGAAUUGACUAAUCACGGAUGCGAACACGAUUGUAUAAAUACUCUCGGUGGAUUCGAGUGUUCUUGUAAAAUCGGCUACGAAUUACAUUCCGAUGGGAAACACUGCGAAGACGCAUGCGGUGGUAUUUUCGACGAUAGCAACGGUACGAUCACCAGUCCCUCUUUCCCCGAAACUUAUCCAGGAAAUAAAAAUUGUAUUUGGGAGAUAAUAGCACCGCCGCAAUAUCGUAUCACUUUGAAUUUUACUCAUUUCGAUCUUGAAGGCAACAAUGCCUAUCAACAAGAAUGCGAAUACGAUUCUUUGGAAAUAGCGAGCAAACUCGGUGACGAUGUUCUCAGGAAACAUGGAAUUUUUUGUGGUAUCAGGUUACCAUCGAUGAUCACGUCGGAACGCAAUUCCAUGAGGAUCGUAUUCACGUCGGAUAACAGCGUGCAAAAGACUGGCUUCGCCGCGGUCUUCUUCACGGACAUGGACGAGUGCGCGAACAACAAUGGUGGUUGCCAGCACGAGUGUAAGAACACGAUAGGCUCCUAUCAGUGUUCCUGCCACAAUGGCUUUACACUUCACGAAAAUGGCCACGAUUGCAAAGAGGGUGGCUGCAAGUACGAGAUUACGGCGCCCGUAGGCACCAUUACGUCGCCCAAUUUUCCCGAGUAUUAUCCUGGCAGGAAAGAUUGCGUUUGGCACUUUACUACCAAACCGGGACACCGUAUCAAACUGGUGUUCAAAGUAUUCGAGAUGGAGUCUCAUCAAGAGUGCGCUUACGAUCACAUCGCCAUUUACGAUGGGGAUUCGCCGGAAAGUCACACGCUUGGUCGCUUUUGCGGUACUAAAGAACCUCAUCCGAUCUCGGCAACCGGUAAUCAAAUGUACAUGAUCUUCAAGAGCGAUGCCUCCGUUCAAAGAAAAGGUUUCCAAGCCAUGCACAGUACUGCGUGCGGAGGAUACCUGAUGGCGACGGAUAAGGUGAAACACCUUUACUCGCACGUCAGAUAUGGAUAUAGCAAUUACGAUCACGGGACUGACUGUGAUUGGACUAUCGAAGCACCCAUCGGCAAGAACGUUCACCUAUCUUUCUACUCUUUCCAAUUGGAAUACCAAAGCGAGUGUGGUUACGAUUUUGUAGAGAUAUUCUCCGGUUUGGAUGCCUCCAAUCCAUCCUUUGGUCGACUCUGCGGCAACUUGAACAAAACUGAUUAUGUAUCGACGAGCGAGGCACUCUUGGUAAGAUUUCGAACGGACGACACGAUAUCGUUCAAAGGAUUCGUGGCUAUUUUCGUAGCUGUAGACCGGCAAGAUAGCGACGAGAGUCACGGUGGCGAAGACGACGAAGACAACGAAAAUCUCUGAUCCGUCGCCGGCCUCGUCAAUCGAUUGGGUUACGGCUUUUCAAGAGCCCUAACACCUUUGCGAUAGAUCCUUUCAAACGAACUAUUCGAUCGUCGAGGUCUCUAAUUCUCUCAAAUAUUUAAUAUCUUCUUCUCUAUUAUUCAUUUUUACCUAGGAAAAAUAAUCCAGUGUGUCCCAGUAUUUGAUUAUUCUAAACUCACGAGUCGUUAAAGACGAUCUAAGAGUAAUCCAAACGCAUAUCACCUGCCAAAAAUACUCCAAUCCUUCAAAAUAAUGUCGUCUACGUAUGAAAAAUAUUAUGGACAAUUAUUUUUCUUCAAGGAGAUCCAUGGCUCUCAUUACUACACAUAUUUCAACUAGACAUAUCGAGUACUAGGUAUACUAAACGUAUAAUUGUAACAAAGAAAGAACAAAAUGUCGGUACUCGAAUUUUGGAACAUUCUGAACAAUUGUAAGAUGUAAAAUAACGAAUGGCCAAACUGCCAUUGAUUAUACUUAACUUGUAUUGUUAUCGACUAGGGUUUUUGCGAUGUCUUUUCGCGACUAAAUAAUUCUACUUGAACUUCGGCCUAUUAUACGGCCAAUUAACGUGCCAUGUAUAUUUAGUUAUAAAUCCAUGUUUAUCCGAAUAUUAACUAACUCUUUGAUCCAAAAAGAUCAAAGUUGAUUUCUCUAGAAAAAAUAUCUAUCUUUCUCUAGAUCAUUUUUCACCACUGCCUCGAGAUCAUAGUCUCUAGAACGAUCGACUCUAGAUUUCUUUAAAAGUAUACAAUGUAUCACGAAAGUAUUCAUACGCCCUCUUUCAAUUAAAAAUAAUCAAUAUUUAUAGAAAUAUAAUUUUACAUAAAUGAUAGUCUUGCAAGAGUAUGAUCAAUCGUUUGAAAAUUAUAGAAAAUAUUUCUAAUUGUCAGUAGAGAUGGGUACGAAUAUUCUUGUGAAUCGCUGUAUAUAUUUAGUUUCUUUUUAUUAUUUUUAAAUAAAUUUUCAAACGGCACACAUUUCAAAUGUGUUUAAUCUUCCAACAUGUUCAACAUAUAUAUAUAUAUCAGAAGACUAAUACGACAUAAAUUUAUUCUGUAUAAUAUAGAUGUCAUUUUAUGAAAUAAUCGACAUACCGAUCGUAAUACAAAAAAAAAAGGAAAAAUCUUGCGAUUGAUUAUUAAAAAUCGAACAUCGUAUGUUAAAUGUAUCCUUAAAUAUACACAGAACUUCGUUGUAAAUAAUAAUGUUUAAUCGUAGAUAAACUUUCGCGACGUUUUAUAGAUGGUUUUAGAUUGUCUAACUUCUUAUUCUCUUACGAACAAAAUUGAGAAAACAAAUUUUCUUAAUCAUUAACGUUAGAAUAAAAACAGCAGUGUUUCAAUGGCAAUAAAAAAAGAAGAUGAAAAAGACGAGAAAAUUAUUCCACAAUUCGAAUGGUACUCUAUUAUAUAUACGUUAUAUUUAAUAAUUAUCUGUUUAUUUAUUAAAAAAAAAAAAAGCAAAGAGAUAAAUAAUAUUCUAUUGAAAAAAAAUCUCGGAUUCUGCCGGCCAUUUUGAUGUACAUAGCGCACUACCUUCUCUUCUCGUAUCUUUCUCCAAAAUAAUAUCCUUAUCUUUAUCAUUUUCAACACUAAGAUAUAUAGAUAGAUAGAUAGAUAGAUAGAUAGAUAGAUAUAUAUUUACUAAUAAAGAUUCUUCCACUCUGAACCGAGUGAAAAUUUUCGAGAUUACAAUUAAAACACAUUAUCGCGUAUGUAGAAUUUAGAAUCUAGAUUUAUUCGCGCCAGUAUAUGUGAGUUAAGAAUUAUAUAUAUAUAUUAUGUAUUUAUAUACAAAUAUAAAUAUAUAUAUAUGUAUGUGUGUGUGUGUGUGAACACGCAUGGAUUUAAGAAAAAAAAAAAAACGUCUAUCCUUGAAAGGAACAUUGCAUAUAGUCCAUAGAGAUCGAUCAUGAAUGUAUGUAGAGAACAUUUUAUUGCGAGAUAUAAUUGUAAGAUCAAUUGGUCGCAUCGAGUUCCUUUUUUGUAAAUUAUAUGUGAUUUUGCUCUCAGAAGAAAGAAAGAAAGAA